AUGGAAAAUCUGGACGUGAAGCUGUUGAAGAGAGUUCUAGGUCGGCAAGGUCCUUAUCGUUCGAUCCAUCAAGUCUAUGGCGAUCGUACUUGGGUAAAAGACUUAGAUAUUGUGAAUGAGCUGGGAGGUCAUACUGGUUGUGUCAACGCCUUGAGCUGGUCUACAAGCGGUCGGCUGUUGGCUUCAGGGUCGGAUGAUACCUACCUGAAUAUCUGGGAAUACAAUCCUAUCGACCAAGCCAAGCCCUUCACUCUUAAUACAAGCGUCUCUACAGGCCACCAUGCCAACAUUUUCUCCGUCAAGUUUAUGCCUCACUCAAACGACCGAACCGUGGUGACCUGCGCCGGCGAUUCACAAGUGCGAGUAUUCGACCUUGAAUAUGCUGCAGGAGGUCAAGCUACAGGUGAUUCGGCGAAUACAAGAAGCAGAAGGUUUAACAAUUUCUUCACACAAUGCAGAUGGCUGAACGAGGCGAACACCAAUGCCAAAGUCUACCGAAGCCACGCCGAUCGAGCAAAGCGAAUUGUAACCGAAUCGAGCCCGUACCUUUUUCUGACCUGCUCCGAAGAUGGUGAAGUAAGACAAUGGGAUCUCAGACAACCUUCUUCAGCCUACCCUUCUCCACGCGAAGCUCGUCAUGGUUUCAGACGCCCGAUGCAGGUUGCCUCUGGUGGUGAUGCCCCUCCUCCCCUAAUAUCCUAUAAGAGCUAUGGGCUUGACUUGAAUACAAUAUCCUGUUCGAAGAGCCAGCCACACUACAUAGCACUUGGUGGUGCUCAUCUUCAUUGCUUCUUGCAUGAUCGUAGGAUGCUUGGAAGGAACCUUGACGCUGAGAAGGGCAGACCAGUAACUUCAAAACCAGACGCGGAGACUCCUGAGGACGACUCGAUGCGAGAAGCUACUAGGUGUGUACGUCGCUUUGCACCGAACAACAAGCGUAAGAUGAAACCAGGUGAUUCGAAGCACAUUACUGCCUGCAAAAUCAGCGAUGCACGGCCCAACGAGCUAUUGUGUUCCUGGUCUCAAGAUCAUGUAUACAGUUUUGACAUUGUCAAAGGUCCUGACGCACGAGAUGCAGAUCGUCGGGCUGACGAAAAACAUCUGAGAACAAAAUUGACUAAUGAAUCCGAUCGCAAGCGCAAACGUUCCAAGCUAACUGCUUCCUCUGCAAGUAAUGAAGAUGGUGUCACUGGCAAUCGAAGGAUAAGAAGAGAAGUCGAUCGCCAGGCUGAGAUUGGAGAAACUAAUGAGUCCGAAGAGAAUGACGAGUCCGUUAGCACGCUCUUGACAAGCCAUGAAAAUCUCCUUUCAGAGGUACAGAAACAGAGCGAAAGGAUUGCAAGAGCAUUGGUGGAACUGAGGAAAACUUUGUUCGAUUUCUCAACCGUGCUGCAGGGCGUUGAAGAACCCAUAGAGCCCCCACAAUCUGCUACACAUUUAACACUGAACACACCUUCAUACACCAAAGCGCUCGGACAAGCGAUGUCUCUUCUACCUGAAAUGGAAGAGGUCAUGAAAGGUUGGACAUAUCCUAACACCACUGACGAGGAUGGAAUAAUGUUGCAGAACGCGCUGAGAAGGAAUCGUCAGUCCAGUUGGCGAUUUGUACAGGCGGCUGGUGCUCUUUCGCAGACCCUAGGCGGAGCGGCACUAACCCCAAGCUCUGUGGAUGACCCACGUCUCAAGCAUUUCGAGACGAUUCGAGGGGCGGCUCUUGAAGGCAAGCGCAUAGACGACGAGCAAAGAUUCUGUUACGAUCUUGCCAAAGCUAUCUUACUAUGGCUUGGAGGUGGGAAGGAGGCUGUACUAGCAGGAUUCAGGAGGCCAACAGAUUUCAGAGGUGAAACAGAUCGUUUUCCCUUCGACAAAACGACAAAUGUAUUGAACGUCGCUGAAAGAUUGCGUGAAUAUUUGUUGCCCAUUGCUCAGGAAGAUAAGGCUAUUAUUGACCUAGGCACAAAUCAAUUUGAGCGAGAAGAACUACGCCAGCUCUUCCAGAGUCAGAAGAGUGCUGUACAUGCGUUUACAAGAGCACUCGACCAGAUUGAGCUCAAGAUGAACCAGGGUCCUGCCAACACAAUCUCCGGAUCAAGUGAUGAACCUCCUAGAACGGUCAUGGACAAAGGUGCAGCUUGUCGUUAUUGGGGAGAGAAGGUCUGUCGAGCUUUACUUAUGGAGGCGGCAGAAGGUGUCACUUUCAAUUUUGUUAAUCGGGCCUUUGGUGGGUUGAGGGUACACAUAAUGUCCGACGAUGAGGCGAUUGAUCGGCUACUGGAUGAAGUUGUGGAAGGAGAAAGUAUGGACGUGGAUCCUCAACGCUCUUCGGUUAGUGGUACAACACAAAGCGAAGAACGGCAGACUGGACAGAUUCCCCGUGUCUUUGUCGAGGAGGCGGAAGAUGAAGAGCGUGAAGAGCGCGAAUCGGCAAGUCGGAGCAGAACCCAGGGAGAGGUGGAGGAGGAGGAGGAGGAGGAGGAGGAGGAGGAGGAGGAGGAAGAAGACGACGACGGCGACGAUGAUGAUGACAACGUUGCUGAUAAUUCUGAUGAUGAAACAGCCGAAUCGGACUCGGAGGCCGAGGAAACUGAUACGCUCCAAACCAUUUUUGCAAGACGCAGAGGUCCUUAUGGCGCCGGUUCCUUGUCAGCACAACGAGCUCUGGUCAACAGUGACAUUGCCUACACAUCACAUACCAAGGUUUACAAGGGUCACUUGAAUGUGCGUACAGUGAAGGACGUGAACUACUAUGGACUUGAUGACGAGUUUGUGGUAUCGGGUUCUGAUGACGGACACUUCUUCAUCUGGGAUCGCAAGACUACAGAAGUUGUUAGUGUCUUUGAGGGCGACGGGGAUGUGGUAAAUGUCGUCCAGGGUCACCCCUAUGAGCCAAUGAUAGCUUGCAGCGGUAUCGACAGCACAAUAAAAAUCUUCGGUCCUGGUGGAGACAACAGAGAACGAUACUAUGCUCGGUAUGGAAAAGACAUAGCCAAUCCUGGUGGCGGUGGACACAGUUCACCCGGACAUGGCAUGAGAAGAAGACGACCACAUCAACUUGACGAUGGUGAAAUAGAAGGAGAUGCAGCUCGAACAGCCUCACGCGAAGAGCCAGAAUUACCCAAAUGGGACGAUCCUGAUACAGUUGCCAAGGGAGGCUUGAAAUCUCGGCGUGUACCUAAGGACAAGUUCUACGAGAUUUUCUCGCAGAACAAUGCAGGAAGACAGCGUGAGAUGGGAGGAGAAACUUUUAUGACGGUACAGCAAGCGAUGUUUGCCCGUUUAUUACUCGCAGCUCAAAACGGUGAACUACAAGGCGUUGAGGCAGUGGGUGGACAAGGUCUAGGGGAGGGUGGUGGAACGCUUCUGGUGAAUGAUGACUGUCGAACGAUGUAA